AAUAGGUAUAAUAAGGAGUGUAUUUAUCAAAUGGAUGAUCUCCCGGCCCGCUCCGCUGCUGCCUUCUAGAAUCAAGCUUCGAGGGUUGUCGUUCCGCCUGAAAACGGAAGGUUGCAGAUAAACUCAAAAGCACCGGCGGCGGCCGCGGAGCAAACGAAUAGAUAGUGUAUAUGCUAGAGCCGAAAGAGAUGCGACGAUAAUGCAAGGCCACCUUCACCACCACCACCUCCAGCAGCAGCUAGCCGCGCUCCUCUCCGCCGCCUCGGACGGCGCCGACUCCUCCGCUGCCCCCGCGCCGGAGGGGCGGCGAGAGAGGGAAGACGAUGCCGCCCGAGUCGCGGCCCUCGACUCGCUCCAGCGCGCCAUCCUCUACCCGCCCAACGCCCUCCUCCUCUCCCACUCCGCGCCUUUCCUCUCCCAGGGCCUCUCCCAGCUCCUCUCCGACAAGUCAUAUGCCGUGAGGCGGGCGGCGGCGGUUGCCUAUGGAUCCCUGUGCGCCGUCGUGAGCUCCACCCCUCUUCCAUCGAAUGUGCUCCAGAGCCACGUCCUGACUGGUGGGUUGGCUGAUCGGUUUGUCGGUUGGGCUCUGCCCCUUCUGGGGGAUAUUGGCGUCGCAAGUGGAUCUGCACAAUUGGCGCUGGAGGGUCUCAGGGAGUUCCUUCACACUGGGGAUGCAUCCAGCAUCGAUCGAUUCGUCCCGCAGAUUCUUAAAGCAUGUCAAGAGCUCCUGGAAGAUGAGAGGACCUCCCUGAGUUUGCUCCAUCAGCUGCUUGGCCUUCUUUCUUUGAUCUCUUUGAAAUUUGGGCACUGCUUCCAGCCCCAUUUUGCAGACAUCGUGGACCUGCUUCUUGGAUGGGCCUUUGUGCCCGACCUCUCCGAGUCGGAUAGGCACAUCAUCAUGGACAGCUUCUUGCAGUUCCAGAAGCACUGGCUGAGCAAUUUACAGUUCUCGUUAGGUUUGCUGUCCAAGUUUUUGGGCGACAUGGAAGUGCUGAUUCAGGACAUGAGCCUUGAGACCGUGCAGCAGUUUGCCAGGCUGCUUGCUCUAUUCUCCUGCUUCUCGACAGUUUUGCAGGUCAUGGCUUCUGGCCUGCUGGAAAUGAAUCUGCUUGAAAUGAUCAUGGAACACCUUGAGAGUAUGGCUCCUAGGCUGUUGAGGUGCAUAUCAACGUUUGGUGGUAAAUCUGGGUGGUCGAAAUGGAUUGGAGAGUCCUGGAGAUGCUUGAUUCUUUUGGCAGAAAUACUGCAGGACAAGUUCUCCAGCUUCUAUGCAAUGGCCAUUGAUAUUUUGUUCCAAAGCUUGAGGGGGAUUCCAUCCUUUCAGAUCCAAGUGGUGCUCAAAACUAAUCUGCAAUUGCUGUCUCUGCAAAAGCUGGGGCUCCUCCCUUCGUCUGUCCAGACUAUACUGCAGUUUGAGUCCCCCUUAUCCCAGCUGCGUCUGCAUCCAAAUCACCUUGUGGUUGCAAAUUCAGCUGCCACUUACCUCUUCUUUCUUGAGCAUGGUUCCGAUGGUGUUGUUUCUCAGGCCAUUACAUGUUUGACUGAAGAGCUGGAGCUGUUGAAAAGGUUGCUUGGAAAAAUCCAUGGACAAUUUGCUGAUCUUGGUGGUCUUCAGGAGGAAUUCAAGUCAGAUUUAGGUUCUGGGAAGGGUUAUUCAGAACAUGAGUUGCUUUCCUUGAUGAAAUUUGAUUUGAAAGUUCUACGAAGUUCUGUUUCUUUUGGUUCUGCAGAAAGUUUGCCAGAGCAGAUUGUCAUUGAUACAGUUAGAUAUGAGAGAUUGAUGAGACUGACGUCUUUUAUCUUACAAAAGCUUGACCCCUUCAAGCCCCCUAUUCAGGGCUGCCUUGAGUUGCAAACGCAUGUUGUUAGGGCAUUGCAAAAGUUCAGUGAAUUUGAAUUCUUAAGUAAGCUCGCAAUUUUCAGGACUUCAUGGAAGAGGGUGUCUGGUGAUUUAUCUACUGAAAGUCAAGGAUGUAUUGAAGCUAAGAAUGUCCAUCCUGAUCUCAUUAAUGAGUAUUUAAGAAAGUACAGUGCAUGUAUAGCUAGAGCUCUUGAUGUUUCUUCACCUUUGGCUGUUAAACUAGAAGCGCUUGUCUGGAUCCGUACCUUUGGACAGGUAAUGGUAGAUGUGGAUAAGGAUGCAGAUCUGGUCAGAUCUUUCUGUGAACCCUAUGGAAGUGCCAGUCUUGGCAGUGAUUUACUCUUUUCAAUAUUGGAUGCAGCAUAUGACAGGGAGUCAAAAGUGAGGUCUCAUGUUGCAACCGUGCUGGAGGCACUUAUGCAGGCACAUCUUAUUGAUCCUGGGAACUUCUAUUGUGUUUCAAAGGUUAUCCUUGACAAGCUAGGUGAUCCAGAUAUAUCUAUAAAGAAUGCAUUUCUAAGGGUACUUUCUGUUGUCCUGCCUGUUACAAUUUAUUCAUGUGGUUUGAUCGAGGAUGAAAUUAUCUCCUCUAAGCUUGCGCCAUCUAGUACAGGCAACCGAUAUUACUUGAAUUGGAAGCACACACUUGCCUUGAAACAGCUACCUAGAAAACUUCAGUCACAGCAACUUGUUUCCAUUUUAAGUUAUAUCUCGCAAAGAUGGAAGGUGCCCUUAUCUUCUUGGAUCCAGCGAUUAGCCUUUACUUGCUGUGGCAAAAAGGAUGUCUUUUCUGGUCAACAAGAAGUAGUUGGAGAUGCUGGUACCAGUGCUGUAUGGAAGGAUGCCAGAGUAGACGGAGCUGUGCUUGAAAAAAUAUGUCCAGUGAACAUUCUAGCUGCUGUUUGGUGGUCCAUACAUGAAGCUGCAAGGCAUUGCAUUGCUCUUCGUCUUCGAACUAACCUUGGUGGUCCCACCCAGACUUUUGCAGCCUUAGAGCGCAUGCUUCUGGACAUACCAAAUGUGUUGUUGCUAGAUGCUGAACAAAGCGACAGCAAGUACAUAGGCUCAUCUAAUCUCCACCUGUUACCAAUGUGGUUACUGCUUGAUUUUGUUGAGGCGCUGAAAAAAAAUGUGUAUAAUGCAUAUGAAGGUUCUUCUGUGUUACCUGCUUCUCCUCGAUCGAGCUCCCUGUUUUUCCGCGCAAACAAGAAAGUCUGUGAGGAGUGGUUUUCUCGAAUAUGUGAGCCUAUGAUGAAUGCUGGGCUUGCAUUGCAUUGUCACCAUGCUACCCUUCAUUAUGGUGCAUUGCGAUUGCAGGAGCUCAGAAACUUGGCAGCAUCAGCUUUCAAAGAUAAAACUCGUGGGCCAGCAGUUUCUGAAAAUCUUCAUAAUGUUAGAAUUAGAUUAGCUGAAGAUGUCUUGAGGGUCCUGCGAUAUGCAUCCUUGGCCUUGUGCAGGUGUCAUGAUUCAGAGGCUUUGAUUGGCCUUCAGAAGUGGGUCACUAUGACAUUUUCCUCUUUGUUCCAGGAAGACAUCCAGCCGAGCCAAGGUGUAACUGGAAGCUUUGGGCAUCUUUCAUGGAUGACAGGACUUGUCUAUCAAGCUCAAGGACAGUAUGAGAGGGCUGCUGCACACUUUUCUCAUCUACUUCAGUCUGAGGAUGCACUUAGUUCCUUGGGUUCCGAUGGCAUCCAAUUUGUUAUUGCACGUGUUAUUGAGUGUCAUACAUCCAUUUGCAAUUGGAAGUCUUUAGAAAAUUGGUUCACAGAAUUACAGGCACUUCGUGCUAUGCAUGCAGGGAAAGCUUAUUCUGGUGCUUUGACUACAGCUGGUAAUGAGCUGAAUGCAAUUCAUGCCUUAGCACGCUUCGAUGAAGGAGAUUUCCAUGCAGCAUGGGGCUAUCUUGAUUUGACACCUAAGAGCAGCUGUGAACUUACUCUUGAUCCUAGGGUGGCACUAGAUAGGAGUGAACAGAUGCUUUUACGGUCAAUGCUUCAAAGGGAUGGGAGGGCUGAUAAGGUGCUGGAGGAGCUCGAUAAGGCCAAGUUGAUGUUGGAUGAACCAUUAUCUAUUCUUCCACUUGAAGGAUUGACUGAGGCAGGUGUUUUUGCCACACAGCUUCAUUGCAUCUUUGCUUUUGAAGAUGGCAUCAGGUUAAAUGGCCAACAUGAAACCAAACAUUUUUUAUCACUGUUAGAUUCAUUGCAUCAUGUUCUGCAAUCCCCAAUCAAUAGAGUUCAUCAAGAUUGUAGUUUGUGGAUCAAGGUUUUCAGAGUUUAUCGCACCAUGCUGCCAACUUCUCCAGUAACUCUGCUUCUCUGUCAGAAAUUAUUUAGUUUAGCUCGGAAGCAGAGAAAUUUCAAGUUGGCUGACCGCAUGAACCAAUACAUUAUGGACCACCCUUUGACAAGUUCUGUAUUGAUGAAUAUGGAGUUGCUUGAUUUGAAUUUGCAGUAUGAGGGAAUCCUACUGAAGUAUGCAGAAGGGAAGCAUGAAGAGGCCCUCGUUGAUCUUUGGUCAUUGGUGCGUGAUGAUAUGUUGUCUACAACUGCUAAUGCUUCUGCCAUUGGUUCUGUUCUGAAGGCCAAGGCAUGCUUGAAACUCUCUGCUUGGUUGAGACAAGAGAAUACAGAUAUAAAUUUGCACAAUAUUCUUUUCAAGAUAUGUGAAGAUUUCAAUGCAUGUAAUGCAACUGAUAAUUUUUCAUUUACCAGAGGCAGGCUCUCAUUUAGUGAUGGUCAUGUAACUUCUGAUGCAAACUAUCGUGCAGUUCUGGAAGAAAUAGUUGGUACAGCCACAAAAUUAUCCUGCCAUCUUUGCCCCACUAUGGGUAAGACAUGGCUUUCUUAUGCUUCUUGGUGUUUUAGUCAAGCCAAAGACUCUCAUUCUGUACAUGGUGCAGUUCUUCAGUCAUGCUUGUCUCCUAUUCUUAAUCCAGAACUCACAACAGACAGAUACCAGUUGACGGAAGAUGAGAAGUCCAAGGUGGAAGUCAUUAUCAAAAAGUUUUUUCACAUUGAUGGAAAUGCAAGCAGUGUAGAGGAAGAGCAAUUAGUAUCCACUUCCCUUCCUGAAAAUGAAGCCCUUGUAAAUUCAUUGGUCCAGCAAGCAGCAUAUCUAAUGCAAGCCACAUCUGGAGGACCUGGGUUUGAAUCCUGUGAUGGUGAUUGCCCCUCUGUUGCUCUAUCUUCUCAGUUACAGGCGCUUUUUCUCCAUACAAAUGCUGGACUAAGGAAAAACGACAUCUUGUCCUUAGUCAAAGAGCUGAUUGACAUUUGGUGGUCACUGCGGCAGAGGAGAGUAUCACUAUUUGGCCAUGCUGCACGUGGAUAUUUUCAAUAUCUAACACAUGCAUCUUCCACAGUUUUUGCUGGCUCUCAUGAUAAUGUUAUGAAAGAAAAAACCAGAAGCUGCACACUCAGGGCAAUGCUGUAUGUCCUACAUAUUAUUGUCAAUUAUGGAUUUGAGUUAAAAGAAAUGCUUGAACAUGGUCUUAGAACAGUUCCGCUAUUGCCAUGGCAGGAAAUAACACCCCAACUGUUUGCUCGGUUAAGUUCUCAUCCUAAACAAGCAGUCAGAAAGCAAUUGGAGGGACUGUUGAUGAUGCUAGCCAAGCUAUCCCCAUGCUCUAUAGUGUAUCCUACACUAGUUGACUUUAAUGCUUGUGAAGGAGACCCCUCAGAGGAGCUUCAGCGCUUGUUGGACUGUUUGAGUAAGCUUUACCCUAAAUUAAUUCAAGAUGUUCAGCUUGUCAUAAAUGAGCUGGGAAGCAUAACUGUUCUAUGGGAGGAACAAUGGCUGAGCACACUUCAGGAUCUUCAUACAGACGUCAUAAGACGCAUAAAUUUGCUGAAAGAGGAAGCUGCACGAAUUGCUGCAAAUUCCACCCUCAGUAAUGCUGAAAAGAACAAGAUAAAUGGAGCAAAAUACUCUGCUAUGAUGGCUCCAAUUAUUGUGGCAUUAGAGCGUCGUCUCGCCUCAACAUCUCGUGAACCAAAAACAGCUCAUGAGCUCUGGUUCCAUAAGGAGUAUGGUGAACAGCUGAAGUCCGCCAUCUUAAGUUUUAAAACCCCCCCUGGAUCUGCAAUGGCGUUGGGAGAUGUGUGGCGGCCAUUUCAUACUAUAGCAGCAUCUUUGGCAACUCGUCAUCGAAAGUCAGUCAUAUCUUUGAGUGAAGUGGCUCCACAACUGGCAUUACUUUCAUCUUCUGAUGUUCCAAUGCCUGGUCUUGAGAAGCAAAACUCGAUGCUUGAUGCCCCAGGAAAUUCUACAGAUGACAUCCAGGGCCUUGUUACGAUCUCUUCCUUCUGCGAACAGUUAACAAUUCUAUCAACAAAGACAAGACCUAAGAAGCUAGUUUUACGAGGAUCGGAUGGUCAAAAUUAUACUUAUCUUCUUAAAGGUCGAGAGGAUCUACGUCUUGAUGCUCGAAUCAUGCAGAUGUUGCAAGCAGUUAAUAGUUUCUGUUAUUCAUGUGCUGAUACUCGUAGUCGAUCCAUUUCAGUUCGUUAUUACUCUGUGACUCCAAUCAGUGGGCGAGCUGGAUUGAUCCAGUGGGUAGACAAUGUCACUAGUAUAUAUAGUGUCUACAAGUCAUGGCAAACCCGUACCCAGAUAGCACAGCUUUCUGCAGCUGGAGCUGGCAGUGCGAACAACCCAGUGCCACUUGUUCCUCGUCCAAGUGAUAUGUUUUAUGGAAAAAUCAUUCCAGCGCUCAAAGAGAAAGGCAUAAGAAGAGUGAUCUCACGAAGGGAUUGGCCUCUUGAGGUUAAAAGAAAGGUCCUUUUGGAGCUUAUGAAAGAGACUCCAAGGCAGCUUCUUUGGCAGGAGAUGUGGUGUGCUAGUGAAGGAUUUAGAGCUUUUACUUCGAAGGCGAAGAGGUUCUCUGGUAGUGUAGCAGCCAUGAGCAUGGUGGGCCAUAUACUGGGCUUAGGGGAUAGACACUUGGAUAACAUCCUUAUGGAUUUCUGUAGUGGUGAUGUUGUCCAUAUAGAUUACAAUGUAUGUUUUGACAAAGGGAGGAGGCUAAAGAUUCCUGAAAUAGUUCCCUUCCGCCUUACUCGGAUAAUUGAAACUGCUUUAGGUUUGACUGGAACAGAAGGUACCUUCAGGGCUAACUGUGAAGCAGUUAUGAGUGUUCUCCAGAAGAAUAAAGAUAUUAUCUUAAUGUUACUGGAGGUAUUUGUCUGGGACCCUUUAGUGGAGUGGACACGUGGAGAUAGCCAUGAUGAAGCAGCAAUUGGUGGUGAAGAAAAGAAAGGAAUGGAGCUGGCUGUUAGUUUAAGCUUAUUUGCCUCAAGAGUUCAGGAAAUCCGUGUUCCUUUACAGGAGCAUCAUGAUCUUUUAGUUGCUACCUUACCUGCUGCCGAAUCUGCCCUCAAGAGGUUCCUGGAUGUGCUAAACCAAUACGAGGUGAUAUCUGCCAUAUUCUAUCAUGCUGACAAAGAGAGAUCAAGCCUUCUACAGCAUGAGACAUCAGCAAAAUCAGUUGUAGCUGAAGCUAAAUCUAUAUUGGAAAAAGCUCGGGCAUCAUUUGAAGUUCAGGCUCAUGAGUUUGCACAAGCAAAAGCUGUGGCAGCUGAUAAAUCCCAAGAUCUUGCUAAGUGGGUGGAUCAACAUAGAAGGGUGCUUGAUGCAUUACGGAGUGGUUCAGUUAUGGAUAUGCAGGCAUGCAUAAAGUUAAGUAGCAUGGAAGAGGCCUUAUCUCUUACUUCUGCUGUUCUAGUGUCAGGAGUUCCACUAACAAUUGUUCCAGAGCCCACGCGAGCACAAUGCUAUGAUUUGGAUAGGGAAGUUUCUCAUAUAGUUGCUGAGUUGGAAAAUGGGCUUUCCUUUGCAAUGGAAGCACUCCAUGAUUAUGCCUUAGCAUUGCAAAAAAUUCUCCCAUUAAACUACAUUACAACCAGCCCAGUGAGUGGUUGGGCACAUGUUCUGCAACUUUCUGUAAAUAAUAUUUCAUCUGAUAUUCUCUCCCUUGCAAGAAAGCAGGCUGCUGACGUUAUUGCUAAGACCCAGGGGGAAUGUGUUGAUUUGGUUCAACAGAGGCAUCGAGAUCUCUUUCAUAAAAUGGAAAGAUAUAUAAUGGAGAUAGAGAAAGUUGAUGAUGAAUGUUCAGAAUUGAUGAACUCUAUUGGAUCAGAUACUGAAGCAAAAUCUAAAGAGCGCCUGCUAUCUGUUUUCACGAAAUAUAUGCAGUCUGCAGGUUAUUCAAGAAAUGAAGAUGAUACUUCUGGUACUCAUUCAGUUCAAAAGUAUGAAGGAAUAAAGGAUUUUAAAAUGCAGGGAGAUCUUGAAGAGAAGAAAGUAAAGAUGUUAUCUGUUUUAAGCAUGGCUGUAAAUGAACUAUAUAUGGGGAUUAAAGCGAAAGUUAUAGAUAUCUCCAAUAAAUCGACUGGCAGACUUGGCUGGAGAGCAGGAGAUGAUGGUUUACAACCUGAUUCUACCACCUUCCGUGAGUUUGAAGAGCAGAUUGAGAAAUGUGUACUAGUUGCAGGGUUUGUCAAUGAAGUUCAGGAACUGGUUGACAUUGAUUUACCUAGGAUCAGUACAACUACUGAUGAUGUGAAGCUUACAUCUGAAAGAAAUUGGGUUUCUGUAUUUCAGACUAGUUUGCAUUCCAGUAAAUACUUGAUUGAACAAAUGACUGAAGUUGUUCUCCCAGAGAUAAUUAAAUCAGCUAUCUCUUACAACUCAGAAGUAAUGGAAGCUUUUGGAUCCCUUUCUCAAAUCCGUGGUUCCAUUGAUACGGCACUAGAAAAACUCGCUGAAGUGGAGCUAGAGAGAGCAUCCUUAGUAGAGCUAGAAAAGAACUACUUUGUGAAAGUUGGGCUCAUUACUGAGCAACAAUUAGCUCUUGAAGAAGCUGCAGCGAAAGGCCGGGAUCAUCUAUCCUGGGAAGAGGCUGAAGAGCUGGCGUCCCAAGAAGAAGCUUGUAGAGCACAGUUAGACCAACUCCAUCAAACUUGGAACCAGAAAGAUAUGCGGAGCUCUUCUUUAACAAAGAUAGAAACUAAUAUUAAAAAUUCACUAGUUUCUUCUGAACGUUUCUUUGCAUCUUUAAUAAGCAUGGAAAAGGAGGGUGAUCUAUACAAUAGAAGAAGCAAAGCUCUUCUCGCUGCAUUAGUAGAGCCCUUCUCCCAGCUGGAAUCAAUUGAUCAAUGGCUGCUAUCAUAUGGUACUCUUCCUUUUAACUCAAAUGGCUCUUCUUCUGAGCUAGCAGAUAUUGGGACAUCCAGUUCUUCACUAUCUGAAUCAAUGUGGGGAUUUGCCAGCUCAUUGAAGAAUCAUGCUUUCUUUGUUUGGAAAGUUAGUAUUCUGGACUCUAUUCUUGAUAUAUGCAUUCAUGGCAUAUCAUCUUCAGUUGAUCAUAAUUUUGGUUUUGAUCAGCUUCAUAAUGUUCUUAAGAACAAGCUUGGAAUUCAUCUGCAAGAACAAGUUAAUCGGUACUUGAAAGAAAGAGUUGCUCCUGCUCUCUUGGCCCAGAUAGAUAAGGAAAAUGAGAAUUUGCAGCACAUGGUAGAAGCAACAAGGCAGUUUUCCUCUGAUCAAGUAAAAAAAGAUUCUGGAGCAGUGAGAAGAGUUCAGCUUAUGCUUGAGGAAUACUGUAAUGCACAUGAGACAGUUAGGGCUGCCAGGUCAGCAAUUUCUCUUAUGAAAAGGCAGGUAAAUGAGCUUACUGAGGCUCUGGGCAAGACCAUUUUGGAGAUUGUGCAGAUUGGAUGGCUGCAUGACCUUUCCUUGCCAUAUUUGCUAAAAACCAAGGUUUUGUCUCAAAACAAUCUUGGUGAUGAUGAAUUUCUGUCCUUGGUUUUGAACCUUAGCAGGCCGAAACUAUUGGAAGAAAUACAGUCUUCCAUGUCGACAAUAGCGAGAUCACUGGAAUGCCUGCAAGCUUGUGAAAAGGCUUCUUUGUCGACAGAAGGACAGCUUGAAAGAGCCAUGGGAUGGGCUUGUGCUGGCCCAAAUGUUGGAGCAGGAAGUUCUUCAGCCAAAAGCUCAGGAAUUCCUUCUGAAUUCCAUGAUCAUCUAUUGAGAAGGAGACAAUUGCUUUGGGCUGCUCAAGAACAGGCAUCUGAUGUUAUGAAGAUCUGCACCUCUGUCAUGGAGUUUGAAGCAUCUAGAGAUGGUCUUUUUUGGGUACCUGGAGACAAAUCUUCAGGACAAACUACUGGUGAUGGUAGAACAUGGCAGCAAGCUUACCUGAAUGCCUUGACAAGAUUAGAUGUUGCUUAUCAUUCUUUUACACUAGGUGCUGAAGAAGAAUGGAAGCUGGCACAAAAUAACAUGGAAGCUGCUGCUAGCGGCUUGUUUUCUGCUACUAAUGAACUCUGUAUUGCCUCUGUAAAGGCAAAGUCAGCUUCAGGUGAUCUACAAGAUGCCCUUGCAGCUAUGUGGGAGCGUUCUAAUGAAGCCAUUGUGGCAUUAUCUGCUUUUAGUCAUGUUUCAAAAGGACACACUGCCUUGACUACUGAAUGUGGUUCGAUGCUUGAGGAGGUAUUGGCAAUAACAGAGGGUUUACAUGACAUCUACAGUUUGGGAAAGGAAGCUUCCGUAGCACAUAGCGCGCUUAUGGCAGAUCUUUCUAAGGCAAACGUGAUCCUCCUUCCAAUUGAAGCUUCCCUAUCAACUGAUUUAGCUGCUAUGGCUGAUGUAAUGUCAAAGGAAGGAGAAAGCAAUACAGAUGUUUCUCUCGUUCGUGGACAGGCUCUGUACCAGUCUUAUGUCUUCAGGCUUAGUGAGGCUUGUCGAUCUUUGGUGCCUUUGGUGCCAUCGCUUACCUACUUUGUAAAAGAAUUGCACUCCACAUUAACCAAGCUUGCACGGGCUUCAAGCCUACAUGCAGGAAACCUCCAUAAAGCUCUCGAAGGUCUGGGGGAAAGUCAGGUGGUAAGGUCUCAGGACCUUGCUCUAUCAAGGUCGGAACUUUCAAAUGGUGGAGUUCUACUUGACAAAGAAAAGGUGUCUCUCGGAAGCAGUGGAGACAAUAUUGAGGAUUUAACUACAGCUGGCGAAUUUUCUUUGCCAGAUGAAGGGUGGAUCUCUCCUCCAGAACACUCAUACACCAGCAGCACAGAGUCCAACAUCACUUUAACUGAAGCAAGUUUUUCUGAGAACUUGGACAAAGUAGAACUGUUCUUGCAUGGUGUCAAUGCUGGAGAGGAUGGUAGCACUGGAGUUUCCUCCAAACAUACUGAUGGACCACAAAGUGCUUAUGUUGGGAAACCAGAAUCUGAAUGUCCAAGAGAAGUGGACGGUGCUAAUAGUCGAUCUACUGUUGUACAACCAGAUCCAAGUGUGCAAGCUUUGUCACUAUCAAAUGACGCUACAGUGACCCAUCUUGAUAGUGUGGAGGAGAUAAUUGAGAAAACAAAGCCUCUACGUAAUUAUAAUGAACAGCACUCUUUAAAGCAGGUCAAGGGAUAUGGUGGAAGCCAUGAUGAUCCUUCUUCCUGUUCAGAUUCUGCAAGUCGGAUAAUAAGGGGUAAGAAUGCUUAUGCUUUAUCAGUCCUGAGACAAGUUGAGCUGAAGAUAGAUGGGAGGGAUGUUGAAGAUAUCAGGUCCUCGGAAAUUUCAGAGCAAGUAGACUUUCUCCUUAAGCAAGCUACAAGCAUAGACAACUUAUGUAACAUGUAUGAAGGGUGGACCCCAUGGAUAUGACCCCUUGGUUGGUUUUUUUCACUUUCUUGUUCAAGCUCAUCAAGUGAGAUAUAUCUUCUCAGAUGGAGAUAACCAUGCCCAUGGCAUCCAUUGCCAGAAGACUUUUUGAGCUUUGUUCUUCUCGUCAUCGUCGUCGUCAUCAUGAAAAAGAUGUGACUUUUAUUUUCUUGAUUCACCGAGUGGUGAAUGCUAAAUACCAUGGGCAUUGAAAUGGCUGGUAGCAAAGUGGGGCUCAGUUUCUACGCAUCAAGGACUGAGACGGGGUCUAUCGUGCCAGCUGGGGAGUGACGACAACGCCCAUUGCCGUUUUGUUGCAAUAUAUAAUAAGAUUGGGGUGAUGUCUAUCCAUUUUGCCGACACGAUCACGAGGCAAGGGCACACCGAAGGCCCCACAGAGAUGGAGAUACCUCUCUUCUGGUGGCUUCUCUUUUAACGCCGAGAGCACCCUGGUUUCCGAAGCCGGUAAAGACGUUGCUCCCUCUACUAAUUAUAUACCAUCACCCAGCCCUUGUCCCUCCAUCUAUCCAAUUCCUUCCUCCUCUCCUGCUGCUGGUUUUCUCUCUUGCUGUGGCCUCUGCUUCCAAUGUCUAGCAUAGUGGAUAAGUGGACCGCUCAAUAUGCCAAGCUUCGUGAGAAGAGCCGGGCCGCCUUCUCCGGUGGCGGUUCCAGCCCGGUAGCGGAACCAGAGCAGACCUCCUCCGCUCCUCGUGGGUUCCCGGUGCUGAGCCAGGCCCCGCGGAUCGAGUCCCAACCGUCGCCUUCGCUUUUCUCAGAAGCUGCACUCGCCAUGCUUGUCGACUGUUUCAGCCCGUAGACGAUAUAUAUGUAUAUAUAUGUGUGUAUAUAUGUAUCCUGUCCCGCAUGCUCUCUUAGGUGAGCUUAUGAUCGAUUUCAUGUGCAUGUUAUCGAACCAUCUUUGCUGUAAUCACCCCUUGUAAUGGUUGAGCGCGAUACCGAAUACCAAUGAUACAAUGGAUGUUUCGUCUGCUACUA